AUGUCAGAUAUUUUAAUUGGUCUUUAUCUUAAUUAUCAUCAUCAUCACUGUUCUUAUAUACCUUUAUGCGAUGCCUGGGCCACACCACACUCGCCACCAAUCUCCUCUUCCGUGGCAGAUGUGGGCGGAGCCUCGGAGCUGGCAUUCGUGCUGGAGCCCUCUGAUGUCAUCGCCGUGCGGGACCGUCCCCUGAUGCUGGACUGCCAGGUGGAAGGCGAGGGCCCGAUUUCGGUCACGUGGCGCAAGAACGGGGUGCCGGUGGCCACCGGGCAGAGGGCGGCCGUGCUGGCCAACGGGACCCUCCUGAUCAGAAACUUCCAGAAACGGAAAGAGAACAACGAAACGGACGCCGGGGAGUACGACUGUGCGGCGCAGAACCGGUUCGGCAUGCUGGUCAGCCGCAAGGCCCGCGUCCAGCUGGCGUCUCUCCCCAAGUUCCACACGCACCCCGAGUCCAUGUCUGUGGAUGAGGGGGGUGUGGCUCGCUUCCAGUGCCAGUUGAACGGAAUCCCGGAGGCCAUCAUCACCUGGGAGAGGGACAGGACACCUCUGAACAGCCAGGACACCAGGUACACCCUACUUCCUGCCGGCAUCCUGCAGAUCACAGGUGUGAAGCGGAUAGACGCCGGAGUGUACCGCUGCGUGGCCACCAACAUCGCCAACGUCCGCUUCAGCCACGAGGCCCAGCUCAAUGUCACCGGCGGGGCCCCACGGAUCUUCAAGGAGCCGGUCAUCCUGUCGGGCCCCCAGAACCUGACCAUCACGGUCCACCAGACGGCCAUCCUCGAGUGCAUCGCCACGGGAAACCCCCGGCCCAUCGUGUCCUGGAGCCGCCUGGACGGGCGAUCCAUCGGCGUGGAGGGCAUCCAGGUCCUGGGGACGGGCAACCUGAUGAUUUCGGACGUGUCCCUGCAGCACUCUGGGGUGUACGUGUGCGCCGCCAACCGCCCCGGGACCAGGAUGAGGCGUACCGCACUGGGCAGGCUGGUGGUGCAAGCUCCCCCGGAAUUCCUCCAGUGGCCGCAGUCUGUCUCCAAGCCAGCAGGGGGCAGUGCUGUGUUCACCUGUGUGGCUCAGGGUGUUCCGGAGCCUCAUCUGAUCUGGCUCAAGAAUGGCAAGGUCCUAACCCCAGGGGACAAUGUCAAGCUCACCAACAACAACAGCACCCUUGCUGUGACACGCAUCACCUCUGAGGACGAGGCCAUAUACCAGUGUAUCGCGGAGAACAGCGCCGGGACCAACCAGGCCAGUGCCCGGCUGGCCGUCUCCCUGGCCAAGGACCUGCCCGACGCGCCGCAGGACCUGCGGGCCACGCCCCUCUCCACCACCUCCCUGCAGCUCACCUGGGCGCAGCCCCCUGCCGAAAUCACCGACGGCAUCAUCGGAUACGUGCUGCACAUCCGCAAGAUCGGCGAGCCGGACAGCAAAGAGCUGCAGGAGGCCGUCAGCAAGACCACCUUCCAGCACGACUUUGCCACCCUGGAGCCGGCCACCACCUACUCCAUCUACCUGAAGGCCUACUCCCCGCUCGGCGCCAGCCAGCAGUCCAACACCGUCAUUGCCACAACACUAGGGGGCGUCCCCGCUGCCCCCAGUUUCUUCACCAAGGUGCUGAACGCCACGGCGGUGCAGGUGUACUGGGAGCUGCCCAGUAAGCCGGGGAAGGUGGAGGGGUUCCGGCUGUCCUACCGCAAGGUCCCGCAGGCCGAAUUCCAGCGCCCCUACCUGCUGGCCAGCCACAUCAACACCCACACUAUCGCCCAGCUCGAGCCCGGUGCUGUGUAUGAGCUCCAGCUGGUGGGCUACAACGGAAACGGCGACAGCAACUGCUCCAAGAGGCUGGUGUCGCUGGCGGAGGACGGGACCAGCGCCAAAACCAGCAGCGACGGGGAGAGCCAGUGUAACUGUAGGCAGGAGGGGGAUGGCUCCAUGGCUGGCAUCGUGGUGGGCAUCCACAUCGCCAUGGCCUGCAUCAUCUUCUGUGUGCUCUUCCUCAUGUUCGGAUACCGCCGCAGUCUGUUCUGCAGGAAGGGGACCCAGGACAGCUGGGCUGUACCUCAGGGGGAGGAAGCAGGCCACCUGAGCCAGAGGAACGGGAUCCCAAAAGAGGGCAUGACCCGCCCUGCAGAAGCCAUUGAAUUAGUGCCUCAGGGAACGGGCGGGCAAUGCCAGUCUACUCCAGGGCAGUGCCAAGUCCUGGUCGAGCAGCACCCAACCAGCCUGCCUGGCACAGGCGCUGGCUAA